AUGUUGACCAAGUUCGAAACCAAAUCGGCAAGGGUAAAGGGACUGUCUUUCCAUCCCAAAAGGCCAUGGAUUUUAGCCAGUUUGCACAACGGGUGCAUCCAAUUGUGGGAUUAUCGAAUGUGCACGCUUCUGGAAAAGUUCGACGAGCACGAUGGACCUGUAAGAGGCAUAUGUUUCCACAAUCAACAGCCCCUAUUCGUCUCAGGUGGCGAUGAUUACAAAAUAAAAGUAUGGAACUACAAACAGAAACGUUGCAUUUUCACCCUGCUCGGCCAUUUGGAUUACAUCCGUACGACUACGUUCCACCACGAAUACCCCUGGAUCGUAUCCGCAUCCGACGAUCAGACCAUCAGGAUAUGGAACUGGCAAUCGAGAACGUGCAUUUGCGUUUUAACAGGCCACAAUCACUACGUGAUGUGCGCCACUUUCCAUCCGAGCGAGGAUCUACUACUAUCCGCUUCUUUGGAUUCCACCGUUAGAGUUUGGGAUAUUUCCGGCCUGCGUAAGAAGAACGUGGCACCCGGCCCCACGGGCCUCGAAGACCACCUCAAAAAUCCGGGAGCCACCGAGCUAUUCGGCCAAGCCGAUGCUGUCGUGAAGCACGUUUUGGAAGGACACGAUCGCGGAGUGAACUGGGCAUCGUUUCAUCCGUUCCUACCUUUAAUAGCUUCCGGAGCCGAUGACAGGCAAAUCAAACUAUGGAGGAUGAACGAUUCGAAGGCUUGGGAAGUGGAUACCUGCAGAGGGCAUUACAACAACGUGUCUUGCGUGUUGUUCCAUCCGAGACAGGAGCUGAUACUAUCUAACGGUGAAGAUAGAAGCAUAAGGGUGUGGGAUAUGGCGAAAAGGACUUGCUUGCACACGUUUAGAAGGGAACACGAACGAUUUUGGGUCAUGACGAGCCAUCCGAAUCUUAAUUUAUUCGCCGCUGGUCACGAUGGCGGUAUGGUAAUAUUUAAAUUGGAACGAGAACGACCGGCUUAUACAGUACACGGUAACUUACUGUAUUACGUUAAAGAAAAAUAUCUGAGAAAACUCGAUUUUACCACGUCUAAAGACGUCCCCGUUAUACAAAUCAGAGGCGGCGGUAAAAUUCCAGUGUACAGAAUGUCCUUUAACCCCGCCGAAAACGCCGUUUUACUAUCAACUCGCACUUCUAAUCUCGACAACAGCACUUACGAUUUGUACAUGAUUCCCAAGGAUCAAGAAAGGGAAGACCACGUGCCGGAAGCCGAAAGCAAGAGAUCGUCCGGACUGACCGCCUUGUGGGUGGCCAGAAAUCGAUUCGCCGUACUCGACAGGACGCACCAGUUGAUCAUUAAAAAUCUGAAAAACGAAGUCACCAAGAAAGUCCAAACGCCCACUUGCGAUGAAGUUUUUUACGCCGGCACGGGCAUGCUGUUGUUGAGAGACUCCGAACACGUUACGUUGUUCGAUGUCCAGCAAAAGAGGACUUUGGCUCAAGUUAAAAUCAGCAAAUGCAGAUACGUCGUUUGGUCAUCUGAUAUGUCGCAUCUGGCCCUUUUAUCUAAGCAUAACGUGACGAUUUGCAAUAGAAAAUUGGAUGUUUUAUGUUCGUUACACGAGAAUACCAGAGUUAAGUCGGGUGCUUGGGAUGACAGCGGAGUGUUUAUUUACACUACUAGUAAUCAUAUUAAAUAUACAUUGAAAAAUGGUGAUCACGGAAUUAUUAGAACGCUCGAUCUUCCCAUUUACAUAACUAGAGUAAGAGGUAGCCAGGUGUUCUGUUUGGACAGGGAAUGUAAGCCUCGCUUAUUAGUAAUCGAUCCCACCGAAUACAAAUUUAAACUCGCGUUGAUCAAUCACAAGUACGAGGAAGUUUUGUACAUGGUCAGAAACUCCCGAUUGGUAGGCCAAAGUAUUAUAUCCUACUUGCAACAAAAAGGAUAUCCGGAAGUAGCUUUGCAUUUUGUGAAAGAUGAUAAAACUAGAUUUGCUCUGGCUUUGGAAUGCGGAAACAUCGAAAUCGCAUUAGAGGCCGCUAAAGCUCUAAACGAUAAAAAUUGUUGGGAUCAAUUGGCGCAAGCCGCCUUGUGGCAAGGCAACCACCAAAUCGUAGAAAUGUGCUACCAACGUACGAAGAGCUUCGAAAAGCUAUCGUUCCUCUAUUUGAUCACCGGCAAUUUGGAGAAACUGAGAAAAAUGAUGAAAAUCGCGGAAAUCCGAAAGGCCAGAUCGUCUCAGUACCACGCCGCAUUGCUGCUGGGUGAUCUCGAAGAGCGCGUGAAACUCCUCAAAGCCUCCAAUCAAUUAUCCCUGGCGUAUUUGACGGCCGCCACGCACGGCAUGCGUGAGGAGGCCGAACAGCUCAAAGAACAAAUCGGCGACGAUAAGAAACUGCCCGACGUCGAUCCCGACGCGAAGUUCUUGAAACCCCCUCCGCCCAUCCAACAAGCAGAGUCCAAUUGGCCUUUACUCACAGUCAGCAGGAGUUUCUUCGAGAACACCGCCGCCGCGGCGACCGCCUCCGCCAACAUGAAAUCCCUCAUGGCCGAGCCCGUUUCCGACGUGGGAAUGGAGGACGCCCAGGGCUGGGGCGACGACGACGAAUUGGAGCUGGAUCCCGACGAGAAGAAGGCCGAGGUCGCGGCCGCCGGAGGCGGCGACGGCGAGGGCGGCUGGGACGUGGAGGACGAAGGUUUGGAAAUACCGGAUCUCGGACCAGCGGCGACGGUGGAGGCGGAGGGUAAUUUCGUGCAUUUGCCCACCCAAGGGCCGUCUGCGCUUGUGACUUGGACGAAGAAUUCGCAGUUGGUGGCCGAUCACGUGGCGGCGGGUUCGUUCGAAUCGGCCGCUCGGUUGCUGCACGAUCAAUUGGGAGUGGUGAAUUUCAGGCCAUACGAAAGUUUGUUCUUGAAUUUGUACAGUACUUCGAAGACGGUGUCUUCUUGGCAGCAAAACGUGCCGCCUUCGUUCAGUUACCCGUUGAGGAAUUGGAAAGAGGCGAAUAUUAAAAACCAGUUGCCCGCUUCGGGAGUGAAAUUAAACGAUUUAGUCGCUAAAUUGCAGGUUUGCUAUCAACUGACCACCGGUGGUAAAUUCACGGAAGCCAUCGAGAAACUACAAACUCUGCUGCUGUCGGUUACGCUUCUCGUGGUCGAUAACAAACAAGAAAUUUCCGAGGCUCAGCAGUUACUGAGAAUAGCCAGCGAGUAUAUUUGCGGAUUGCAAAUGGAAACUUUGAGGAAAACCUUGCCGAAAACAUCGGCCGAAGAGCAGAAGCGCCAGUGCGAGAUGGCCGCGUAUUUUACCCAUUGUAAACUACAGCCGAUACAUCAAAUCCUGACGCUUAGAACGGCGCUCAACAUGUUUUUCAAGCUCAAAAACUACAAAACUGCCGCUUCCUUCGCCAAGAGGCUCUUAGAGCUCGGUCCUAGACCCGAGGUGGCCCAGCAAGCUAGGAAGAUAUUGCAAGCGUGCGAUACGAAUCUGACCGAUGAUUUCCAAUUGCACUACGACGAGCACAAUCCUUUCAACUUGUGCGGGCACUCGUACACGCCCAUUUACAGGGGCAAGGCCGAAGAGAAAUGUCCACUGUGCGGUACCUCCUAUUUACCUAAAUAUAAAGGGGUGUUGUGUAAUAUUUGCAAAGUGGCGGAAGUUGGAAAGGAUACGAUCGGGUUGAGGAUUAGCACGCACCAGUUUAGGUAA